AUGUCGAGCAAACAUAAUGCUAUCCUGCCGCAUGCUUUGAAAAUCCCUGCUCUUUCUAAAUUGGCCGACAAACGUGUCAUAUUAGCUUCCAAUAGCCCUCGGCGUAAAGAGAUUCUGCAGACUCUCGGUAUCGCACCUGAGAUAGUUCCAUCGACAUUCCAGGAAAAUCUGCCGCAAAGUUCGUUCGAGGAUGUGCACGAGUACCCCGUGGCAACGGCAACGCACAAGGCCGUGGAGGUGUACGAACGGCUUGUGCAAGAAAAUCCUGACGACCCGCCAGAUCUCGUAAUCGGAGCUGACACCGUAGUUCUCACCCACAUCCCCGGUCCCACCUCCGAAUUCACAUACGCCCAGCCCCGACAGGAAAUUCUCGAGAAGCCCGAGUCAGAGGCGGACAACCUGCGCAUGCUGCUCGACUUAAAUGGGGGCAUGUGCGAAGUGGUCACAGGUGUCAGCUUAGUAUACCCUAUUCUGUCUGCACCAGGGUACGAGAUCAAGUCUUUGGACGAACGCACGUUAGUCCACUUCGCGGAUAACGAGAAGUCCGUUCUUCAGGCGUAUGCCUCCAACGGAGAAGGCCGCGACCGCGCCGGUGGGUUCGCCAUCCAGGGACUUGGUUCGCUGUUGAUCAAGAAGAUCGACGGUGAUUACAAUAACGUCGUCGGGUUCCCUUCUUCUUCCUUCGUCAAGUUUCUCCAGCUUCUGAUCGACGAGGAACCGGAUUUCUUGAGUAUAUAAUCAUAGACUCGGGGCGAAUGCCAGCCCCCUUAUUGAGUACAAGCAGGGAGUGGAAAUGGAGCGUACGUGUAUAGCUCUGAUAGUAUACAUGAAACUAUUCGAAAGAAGACAUAGACCAAAGAUAUGCAAAAACAUACAUCCCUAGAUCCCAAGGCACUGAGGAUUCAAGCCGUGGGGUUCCCACUGUUACCCCUCCGAACUCUCUGUGCAAGUGGGC